UAUGUUCUGACAAACGCGCAUAGUUAUUUGCUUUUUUUUACAGGAAUUCCUCGUUAUCCUGGACCAUACCCACCUAUGAUUCGCCCUGGCUUUCCUCCUCGUCCGCUGCCUCCAAUGGGUGUGAUUCCGCAAAUUCUUCUACCUCCUAUUCCUGGAAUUCGUGGUCCUCCUGUGGUUUCUCCAGUUGUCAGGCCCUUUGUUCCUGCUGUUGCAACUGAGAAACCACAAACAACAGUGUAUGUUAGCAAGAUAGCUCUAACUGUUGAUAAUGAUUUUCUCCUCUCUCUUCUUCGACUUUGUGGACCAGUGAAGAGUUGGAAACGUGCUCAAAAUCCCUCUGAUGGCUCUCCUACAAGUUUUGGCUUUUGUGAAUUUGAAGCUGCUGAAGGAAUUCUUCGAGCUCUACGUCUGCUAACUAAGUUGAACAUUGAUGGACAAGAGCUGGGGGUAAGUUGGUUUCUCUGUCUCUUUAGAUAUAAUUUUUGGCAUGCUAUGGAAAUCUCAUAGCUUGAUCAUAACAGAUCAAGAUUAAAGCAAAAGUUAAUAUUACAUGGAUAUGCAUUGUUGCAGUCAAGUAGCCUAAAGUGUCCAGAAUAAGAACAUUUGGGGAACCUGUAUUGCACACACUUACUCUUAAGCACACUAAAGAAUAUCAAAUAUGUAAUAUCCACAU